AUGGAAGAAGAGAAGGUCGACGCGAAGGUGGAAGUGGCAGCGGCAGCGGUCGAGGAACAAAAGCGCUUUGAGAUCAAGAAGUGGAACGCCGUCGCGCUAUGGUCGUGGGACAUUGUCGUCGACAACUGCGCGAUCUGCAGAAAUCACAUCAUGGAUCUGUGCAUCGAGUGCCAGGCGAACCAGGCGUCCGCGACCAGCGAAGAGUGCACGGUCGCGUGGGGGGUGUGCAACCACGCAUUUCACUUUCACUGCAUUAGUCGCUGGCUCAAGACUCGUCAAGUGUGUCCUCUCGACAACCGCGAAUGGGAGUUCCAGAACAAAGUUGUUCCAGGCAAGAUCAGUCGUCGGGACUUGCUGGACGACGUCUAG